ACCUAUAGUCCAGAGCUACCUGGAAGAGCUCUACAUCAAGAUAUCAAGGCUGCGUCAAUACCAACAGGAGCAUAAGCCGAGGCGGCUGGUUCAAAGUUAUGCUACUGCUCAUCAAUGGAUAGUUUCAUGGAUUUCCGAUGACGACCUGUAGUCAGAUGUUGGAUAUGCAAUCACUGCCAUUUGGGUGCCUUCUUGAAUCCAACAUGUCUCUCCAGCCGCUCCGCAUUAUUUUAAAAGAUGUACUGCUUCUCAUUGGUUGCCUUAUCUGUCAGGCCAUAAACCUUCUUGUUCACAUCUCCAUACUCUCUAACGGCGUUAGCUGCAUUUGUACACUCAUUGGCCUGGGAUUGGCUUUCUCGAUCGAGCCAAGAUAUGUUUAGAUACCUUUGUGUUGCAGCGGUGUGAUUGCACGAUGGUAUUGUUCGAGGUGGUUGUUUAAGUGUUGCAUUGAUUCUAGACGUCGCCGGCUAGCAAUAUGGUUGUGUAUAGUGCUUGACGCUGCAACAAUUGUUUUCUCGUAAGACUCCCGCUGAUUUGAAUGCCUUGCUAAGAACAGAUUUAGACUCAUGAUCUCAGCUGGACUGCUGUCUUAUAAUUGGGUCCGCUUCUUCCCUGCUUCGUUCACGGCGUUUUACUUCUUUGCCGC